AUGAAUGAUGUUGAGAGACAAGGAUCUGAUGGAAAUGGUGUUCAAGAAGUAGUUGAGGAGGGAAAUCCUCUUCUACCACGGACAGAACUGGCAGGCGACAGGAAUGAGCCUGAUAGACGAGACAGUGGUCGUUCAUCCUGGUCCAACCUCACAGAGAGCCCCCGCAGCAACAGAUCACAUAGUGGAUCAAGUAUUGUUCAAGGGUCUGAUAGUGGGAAUGAGAACGACGUGCAUGCUGUUCCUGUCUACAUAGACCCUAAUGCGGUCGUCGAUGAAAAUACUACGGUGAAAAACGCGGAGAUUGUAGCCACUGUUUUGGCAAUGAGUCCUGAGAUGGUUUCCAUUCAUCCGAGACCGGUUGUGCCAGGGGCCAUUUGAGAUGACAAAUUCUUAAAGAUAAAAGAAGCGAUGUAGUCUUCACAUGAAGACAACGGCAGAUUACAGAAAUUUCUUUCCUUUUGGGUCAGUUCUUUCUCUAAAUAACGAUUAAUUGAGUAAUCUAUGUAUGCAAUUUGAUGUAUUAUCAUGCAUACUAAUUGAUAACCUGAUAUGAUAAUGGCUGGUAGAUGUCAUUUUGAAAACAUAUAGAAAAAAAUAUGUAUUCAUAAAAAUUAUAAAAAUAUCAUAAAACAUCCAUGAAAAAAUACACAAAAAUAUUUUUUUGCAUGUGUUCAGGUAUUCCACCUGAAAAAUAUUUUCUUAGUAUUAAUUUCUAAAGAUCUCGACAAAGUAAGACAUUCUAUUUUGGUAAGUCAAAUAAAUUGCUUCCUACUUACUAUUUUCUUUUCUCAUUCAAGCAAUGUAAGCAUAAAAGCUUUUUGUAUUUUCUAUAUGUAAGGUUGCUAAAAUAACAGGUGGAAUUCCUGGAUAUCAUCGCAUUUCAAUGUUAACAUGUACGACUGGUGUGUAGAAGAGAAUUUGUAAGUUUGUGUAUCUAUUAGAAAAAUCAGGGCUUUUUCUGGUUAUUUUGAGAGCACAAUAUUUUUUAGAGGACCAAUCCAUUCAAACAUUACUGAAAGCUUUGCUUGCAUCCAAAUUUUGAUACAAACUUAAAAUUUAAUCUAAACAUAUAUUUUUUUACCAAUUGCUGAAUAAUUUCAGGUAUUGAAUAUUGUGUUUUAUCUUGAAAUCUUAAAUUAAAAAAAGGUCUAUUGAAAGCAUUGCAUGGUUACCAUAUCUUGACAACAUAAUGGGGUCAUCACCAUGAUUAGCAUUUUGAGUUUCAAAUAAAUGCCUUUGAUGAAAGUUGCAUAGAAAUAUUCUUUUGAGUUAUAACCCCAAAGGUCAGAUAUGUUGCCAGAUCUGACAAUUGAAUGAGCGCAUCUACACUCUAAGAAGUUUUAUAAUUAUCCUCUUUAUUCAAUAAGUACUGAAUACAACGAGCAAUAACGCCAAUAACAUGUCUUUCAAAGUGUAGUUCCUGUUGUCUGCAACUAUAUAUCAACCUAUUAAGUUUCAAGUUGAUAUCAAUCAUAAUAUAACAGUUUUUCUCAGAAUAGAAAUACAAUACGCAAAGUAAACAAAGGGUACUAGCACUCUAGCUCAAAAUGUAUGAGAUACAUGGUAAUGGUUCUUGUUCUAUGCACACGCUCGCUGUGAGAUUUAUAUGAAUUUGAAGUUUCAUGAUAAUCUGUACAUUGUUUAACUGUUUUGCUCUGGACGAUCGAAAGGGGACGCUGCUUACAAAAAAGGUACCUUUAUGCCGCUUAAUCAGGUUGCACAAUAACUUCUUUGUAAGAUGUUAUUUCAACUGGGGGAGAUAACAAUCGAAAUCCAUAAAGGAAAGGUAUUUGUCUUGUUUAAACCAUUUGAUAAUGAACAGUUUUUCAAAGUUCCAAAUGGAUACAUUUGAUAUCUUUGUGAGAAAUAGACUGCAAAUAGAAAGAUAAGAUAAGAUAGAUAGAUAAGAAGUCAACUUUUUCUUCGAAAAGUUGAUCUUUUCGAAAAUCCAUUCUAGUGAAUUUCCUUCCAUGACUAGACUCAAAAGCAGGACAUAAACAAUGUGCAUUGUUACAUAAUUCAUAUUAUAAUGACAUAUUUAAUCUUAUUGUUGUUAUACUUAAAAGGCGUUAACUAUAUUGAUGUCAUCGGAUUUUUAAAUAUAAAUAUUUAUUAAUACAUGAAUGUUUAUGACAUUUUGAUUCUUGGUGCGGAGUUUUAAUCUUUACAGUGCAAUAUUUUUUAUUAUACAUUUUAAAACCUUACAUAAGGAUAAGGUUCCGAUUUCACAAUGUCUAGAAAAAAGCUCUGAUUUGUUUAAGCAUCAAGCAAAAGUGUUCCUCUGGCUGCCAUUUUUAAUGUUUAGUUAAUAGUUUAUAUAUAUAUUCAGUAUCAAUUGUAUUUUAUACUAAGUAUACCUGUCAUAUCAUUUAGAACUG